GUAAUUCAUUAACUUUAUAUUUUAGGAGAAGCUUGAGGAGUUCAUCAAAGCGUUGAAUACAGGAGCUGAGUAGAAAUAACAAUCAGUCAACUUUUGGUGGGAGAAAUUUUAAGCAGAACCAGUAAAUGACCAUUGGAGCGCACCGAGUAUAGUCUCUUUGCGAGCCCGGGCACAGGGAAUGUCACCGUGCUUAUACAUAACCUUGUUCUAGUCCUAAUCACAAUUUGACUCUUUAGACCUUCUUAAAUUAGUUUUUAGAUUUCCAGGCUUUUGUUAUUUAUUUUAGGGGGGGGGGGGUACUUAACAUUAACUUUCCAUCUAUUUGUCUCUAGUUUUGUGAUACAGCUUAUUUCGAUAAAUUGGUGUAGAGCUAUAUUUUUUUCUGCUCUAAUUGAAAAAAGUAAAAUGUUGUUUAAAUAUUUCUUAUUCUAAACCAGGAACUAUUUGCAGACAACAUGUCAAUUAGUUUAUUAAAACGAGAACUAGAACUGGAACUGGAUACAAUGGAUCAGAAGAAACUUAAAACUGACAAAAAAGACGCUAAAAAGAAAGAUGCUAAAAAAGACGCUAAAAAGAAGAAAGGAACGUUUAAGUUUAAUGACAAGGAUUAUAGCAAAGAAGACGACCACACAUUGGAAUCAUUGAAAAGCAUAGGACUUUUAGACAUGUCUCCUGUGGUCAACUCAGAAAAAAUCUUGAAGCACACCCGGAAAAUGAAACGACAAGAAGAACCGGAAGUUGUUGAUAAAUCCACCGGAAGUUUGUUCUCCGACGAAGAUUUUGAAGUUGUGAGCAAACUACAUUUUGUUAAUUCUAGAAGAGCGGUCAUCUUGAAAGAUUGAAUUUUUAAUUUGUUUAAUUUUGAAAUUAUAUAUUUUUUCAGAGAGUAAUGGUAACAGUGCUACGAGAUAAAUUUGCAAUACUGAGCUUGGGAAUUAUAGGUUUAUUUGUUUUUUACUUCACUCUUUGGAUUAUAUGUGUUCCGUUUGUGGAGGAAAGUUAUCUUCCACUUAUUUCAAGAUUUUUCCCAUCGGUCGAGGUUGGUUUAUGUGUUCCUGCUGUACUGGGGAGCUGUACAUUUCUCUUCCUGUACACAAGAGCGUACUUUCUUGUACUUCAAGACCGAGCCCUAGAUGAAGUGAAACUAGUUAAAAAGUCAUGAUGAAAAUGAUAGUGGUCGGUCUUAGUGGCGCCUCGUGUACAGGGAAGACGACAAUUGGAAACAUCCUUCAGCGUAUUUUCACAAACUCGAGGGUUUUCAAUCAAGAUGUUUAUUACUGGCCAACUGAGAGUAAACAUCACUACAAGGAUCCGGAAACCGGUUUCAUUAAUUGGGAACUUAUCUCUGCAUUCGAUAUGAAUUCACUAGUUGCAGAUCUUACUGACGAAACAAGUUUUAUAGAGAAAACGAACCAAUUUAAUCAGUCGGAUGAAAAAUCGAGUUCCUUCAAAACCCAGCAUAAACUAUUUCCGAAUUACUGGUCUAAAGAAGAGUUGUUUCAGGAUCCUGGAUCUGUUCAUCCCCUUGUCACUCCAGGGAACUUUGAUGGGAUUAAACUGGUUCUUGUCGAGGGUAUUCUAGUGCUCAAUGAUCCCCGGGUGGCUGAUCUCUGUGAUUAUCAGAUCUUCAUUGAACUGGAUCGAGAAACCUGCUGGGACCGACGUCGGCACCGAACCUACGAUCCUGAGGAUCAAAUCGGAUAUUUCGAUGCCGUUAUGUGGCUCUGGUAUCUCAAGAAUCUAGAAGACCUAAAAUCGGCCGGCCGGCCUAUUUUUUAUCUUGAUGGAAAAGAUACCAUUCAAGAAAAUACCUGCCAUGUUCUAAAUCAUAUAUUCAAGAAUUCACAUUUUAAAUAGUAAUUUUGUCACAUCGCAAUUCAUUAAAUGUCGGAGGCUGUGAUUAAAAUAUUUCGAAACUUUUUUGUUGAAGUCGCAAGGAUGCCUAAUUGUAUCUGUUUGCAUAUUAUUCUAUAAAUUUACAUUCAGUUCACGUGAAGUGUAGCACCGUAUUUGUAACACGUGUUGUACCGUUGUUGUAACUCAUACAGGAUCAUAUCUUUGUAACACGUGCAGUAUCGUAACUGUGUGCUACCAUAGUUUCGUACUCGGUAAAGUAUAAUAACUUAAUAUAUUUCAGAAA